AUGGCGCCGGACUGUGGGAGCUGGGGCCUGCCAGCAAGGUCAACGUCCCAACGUAGCUACGUCAAUCCGAUGGGCUGUGAAAGCUAUGGUUUUGUUGACAGAGGCAAUAUCAUGGUAAGCAGGUUGGUAUUGUGCAUCUUGCUGAUAUUGAGUCGCAAUGCCUUUUAUUUGGUGGAACAGCCACGGCAAACUCUACUAGACCGCCACCAGCGUUGGCAGUGGUUCGCUAACCGAGUUUCUUGGGUGUUCGAGAUCUCCUUUUGGAUGCAGCUUCAUGGCUCAGGUUCUCCAAAGCCGACCAAAAUGAUGGGAAAUCUUAGGACUAUCAACCGCCUUGACAAAGGGAAGUUGACUGCCAAAGAGAAGGCUAAGCGGUCUAAGGCACAACGGGAGAAGAUUGCAAAGUUGCGGGAUGCCCUUAGCGCAGAGCCACCGUCAAACCUUCGACGGGAGCCGUCUAUGGUUGAAGGCGACAAGAUCCGUGAACUUCUCAUCAAGAACGGCUUGCAGUUCCCACCAGUGGAGUUGCAGAUCAAAAAGAAGAUGGUGGACACUGCCUUCGACUGGGCCGCCAAGAAUUCCUUAAUCCGAACUUCCCAGAUUCACGGUGAAGAGGAGGCUAAGCUAAUCCUGGGGGACAACUUCAGUAUGAAGGAAGAGGAAGGAGAGGAACAUAGCCAAACCAUGAACUUGACCUGCGAAGAGCCUCGCCUCAAUUUCAUUGCUGACUCAGACCCUGAUGGCUCCAGCUUUCGGGACUCGACCAUGCCCGACCUGAACUCCAGCGCCAGCAAGCUGCUUCAACGUGGAGAAGAUGAAGGUGUGUCGCCUGGGGAUCAGGCGGCGGCCAGCUCUGGUAGCUUUAAGUUGGUCUUUCCGACGAUUCAAGAGAACGCAUCGGCCAUUGCUAUCCUACCUCACUUUCUUGAAGUAUGUGGACGCAAGUUGGACAACUGCACCGGGGUCCAGGACUCCAAUCCCGAUUGA